UCCUCCCUCGUCCUGCUCGCAACCUCAUCCACGAGCUGCACAGCAUCUCCAGCGAACACGUCCAGCUUGAUUAGCAUCUAUUGCUUAGCACGCACGCUCAGAGCACUUCCACAAACAAUCCAUCUUGCCAACCACAUCCACCACAUCCACGCCCCAUCACCAUGUUCUCCUCCGCCCUUCUCCUCGCCGUGACGGCUCUCUCUGCCGCCGUCAGCGCUCAGAACUACUCGACUUCCGGCCCUCUCACCAUCAACCCCAGCCAGGUCGCCGAUUCGCUGCGACAGACGUGGUGUCGAGCGCAGACUUACAACUGCCCCAUCCUCUGCGGCGGUACUGCCAGCCCCAACACGUGCGAUCCAAACCAAUUGACUUACGUCUGCACUUGCUCCAAUGGCAACAAGCCCAACAUCUCUGACUACCAAUCCACUCUGCCCUUCUACGUCUGCGAGCAGUGGAAAGCCAACUGCGUGGAUAGCAAUCCGAACGACCUAGACGCCAUUACUGGUUGCCAGUCAGUCACCUGCGGUAAACAGACUGUGAAGGCCGCUACUGCGAGCUCGACCUCCGCAUCCUCCAGCGCCACUGCAUCAUCAAGCGGGACCUCCAAACCCGCCACCACCGCCACCGCAACUGCCUCUUCCUCCGGUGCCGCUUCGUCGGCCACUGGAUCUAGCGCUGCUGUUGCCAUGCACGCUGCCCAGAACUACGGCACUGGCAUCUUUGUGACUGGACUGUUGGCAGUCUUCGGUCUGGCUCUGUGAAGAGAGGAUGUUUCGCUUUGACAAGAGAAGGAUGAAGGUGGUUUUCGAUGAUUGCAUUACGCCUGUUGAUUGUUAGCACGCAUUCAAGACUUGAUGGGUCACGAGAUACGGAUGAGCAUAACUGUAAUAGUCAUUGCCAACUUGUAUUGUUGGAAAGACGCAUAACAAGUAAAUAUAUUUGCGCGUGAAAGCGCGGCGACGACGACAGCAUUGACAUUUGAGC